AUGGGUCAAACACUUUCAGAGCCAGUCACCGAAAAGCACUCCGAGUCUGGCGCCGAUGACCGCUAUGCGUAUGCAAUCUCAGAGAUGCAAGGAUGGCGAGUCAGCAUGGAGGACGCGCACACGACACUCCUCAAGCUAGAUCCCUCGAGUGGAAACUCAUUCUUCGCCGUGUUUGACGGCCACGGAGGCUCCACCGUGGCCAAAUACGCCGGUCAACAUGUAGCAGAACGUCUAGCUCAGGAAUCCGCCUAUAUAGAAGGCGACUAUGCAACGGCGCUGAAGAAGGCUUUUUUGGGGACAGACGACGACCUCCGUGCUGAUACGACUUUUAUGCACGAUCCUUCAGGGUGCACGGCCGUUGCCGCCUUACUGACAAAGGAUCGCAAGCUCUAUGUCGCGAAUGCUGGAGAUUCGAGAUCCGUCCUCAGUAUCAAGGGAGAAGUUAAGCCAAUGAGCUUUGACCACAAACCGACAAAUAAAGAUGAAACUGCGCGUAUUGUGGCCGCUGGCGGCUUUGUGGAAUAUGGACGUGUAAACGGCAAUCUUGCGCUCUCUCGAGCCAUUGGGGAUUUCGAAUUCAAGAGCAAUAAUUCCCUCGGUCCAGAGAAGCAAAUUGUUACGGCAAACCCAGAUAUUGAAAUUCAUGAACUAAGUGAUGAAGACGAGUUUCUGAUCCUUGCUUGCGAUGGCAUCUGGGACUGCCUAAGCUCACAGCAGGCCGUUGACAUGGUUAGGCGCCUGAUUGCUCAGAAAAAGUCGCUACAAGAGAUUUGCGAAACGACCAUUCAACGUUGCUGUGCGCCCGACGCCGAUACAGGAGCUGGCGUCGGCUGCGACGACAUGACCAUGAUCGUCGUUGCGAUUCUGAAUGGGCGAACCAUUGAUCAAUGGUACGACUGGAUUGCCGAACGAGUCGAGAAGAAUUAUGGCUACGCCACCGGAGGAUCUCCUCAGAUAUUCGCCGAGAGCCGAAUCCUCGCCGCCCAGAAUCGUAGUCAAUAUCGCAGCAAUGCGGCAUCGGCUCCGGCACUUUACACUGCGAGACCGGCUGGCUUUGGUGCGCUGGCCAGAAUCAUGGCGGGAGGAACGGGCAUCAGCUUUGCGCCUGCCGGUCGCGGUGGGGGCUCUAAUAUUCUUUCAUUUAGUCACGACGAUGAUGACGACGACUAUGAAGAUGAUGACGAUGACGACGCGGGAGACACGGGGGAGGGUGGCCUCUUUGGGGUCAACCGACUCAAAGUGGGUGGCGACGGGAAGGACAAGACCAACUCGCUCAAGAGUCAACUAAGUGACCUCGAGUCUGGUCUGCAUGAUGACGAGAUGGACCACGAUGGUGGGGCAAAAAUUACCGCUGUUGACGAGGACGAGGAGAUGACCGACUCGCUCCCGCGUGCGCACAUCACGCUCGCGUCGCCCUCGGAGAAGCAAGGAAUGAUUGACUUGGGUGUCGUACAAGUUGACAAGAGCUCGGAAACGCCAUCGGAGACUGGAUUCGCCAACGAUGGCAAGAGCUGGGUCAAAGUCUCCAGCCCUGCCCACUCUGAAAUUUCUUCGAUUGGAUCGCCUCUUGUCCCACUCCCAUCACUGGCCAUCGGGAAGGCGCCCGCGGGUGCAGAAGCGUCGAAACGCCAGGAGACGCCUCCGCCACCUGUCCCAGCGCCGUCUGCUGCUAUACCGAACAAGGUGCCGCCACAAGAUACGGGGAGGGUGCCAGAUGCAGACGCUCAUCCUGGUUUGACAAACCAUUUAUUGGACAAAAACGAAGAUACAAUCAAAGCUUGA